GAGGGGAAGCACGGUCCUCGGCCACGCACAAUGAUAGCGGCGGCGUUCCUCGUUCUCCUGAAGCCCUACAGUGUCCAAUGCAUCUUGCUGCUGCUCCUGCUCGUCCUCGCCACCAUCGCUACCAUCUUGUUCUUCUGCUGCUGGCACCGCAAACUCCGCAAGGCUCGGCACCCCAUGAAGUCGGUGGGCUCGGGCCGAUCCAGGAGCCGAGAUGCAGGGAUGAGAUCGCACUUCCGUUCUGAGGGGUUCAGGCACAGCCCACGACAUGGUAGGAGGAGCAGUAGGAUGCGAGUGUCCGAUGACUCCAAGCCUCUGCUGGAGAUACCCGAGAGUGACCAGGAACAUCUGGUGAGAAAGCGGAAGAUCAAGAGGAGCAGCCGGGUGCAGGCGGAGUUUUACCACUCAGUGCAGGGAACUCCAACACGCAGAGCUAGUAUCGGCAGUAGCAGCAGUCGCCCCUGUUCCAUGUCUUCUGCCGACUAUUCAGACGAAGAGGAUGAUUAUGGGCAAAGGUCAGGUACGGUGUCGCCAGCUCCCGGGGACACGCUGCCGUGGAACCUGCCGAAACACGAGAGGUCUAAGAGAAAGAUUCAAGGCGGCUCGGUUCUGGACCCGGCGGAACGAGCCGUCCUCAGGAUAGCCGAUGAACGGGACAAAGUACAGAAGAAGACCUUUACAAAAUGGAUCAACAAGCACCUUAUUAAGGUACGGAAACACAUAAAUGAUCUCUACGAGGACCUGCGAGAUGGACAUAACCUGAUUUCGCUCCUGGAGGCCCUUUCUGGGGACACCCUGCCAAGGGAGCGAGACAUACUGAAGACGUUACGGUUGGUGAGUGCAGUGGAAGCAUGCGCGUGUGACCAGCAUGAGGAUGAUGAUGGUGAUAAGGGGCCCCGUGAGAAAGGACGUAUGCGUUUCCACAGACUACAGAAUGUACAGAUUGCACUGGACUACUUGAAGCGCCGACAGGUCAAAUUGGUGAACAUUAGAAAUGACGACAUAACUGAUGGGAACCCCAAACUAACCUUGGGACUGAUCUGGACCAUUAUUUUGCACUUUCAGAUCUCUGACAUCCAUGUUUCUGGGGAGUCUGGAGAAAUGUCAGCAAAGGAGAAACUCUUACUGUGGUCGCAACAGGCAGCGGAUGGCCACACUGGAAUCAGGUGUGAGAACUUCACCUCGUGCUGGAGGGACGGCAAACUAUUCAACGCCAUCAUUCAUAAAUACAGGCCGGACCUGGUAGAUAUGCGUCAAGUAGCAAUUCAAAACAGCAUGAACAACUUGGAACAAGCCUUUGGUGUAGCUGAGAAGCUUGGUGUCACCAGACUGUUGGACGCUGAAGACGUUAAUGUCGCAUCCCCCGAUGAGAAAUCUGUGAUCACUUAUGUGUCGUCGUUGUAUGACGUCUUUCCCAAGGUUCCAGAGGGUGGAGAAGGCAUCAGUGCAAAUGACGUAGAUGUCAAAUGGAUAGAAUACCAGAACAUGGUGAACUACCUCAUCCAAUGGAUCAAGCAUCAUGUGACAGUUAUGUCAGAUCGGAGCUACUCGAACAAUCCUGCAGAACUUAAGGCACUUUAUAACCAGUACAUGCAGUUCAAAGACACAGAAAUCCCACCGAAAGAGAUGGACAAAGUUAAAAUCAAGCAGCUAUAUAAAUUGUUAGAGGCGUGGAUUGAAUUUGGUCGGAUAAAACUUCCUCAAGGCUAUCACCCAAAUGACGUGGAGAAGGAAUGGGGGAAGUUAAUCAUCGCAAUGUUAGAAAGAGAAAAGAGUUUGCGCCCAGAGGUGGAAAGACUGGAGAUGUUGCAGCAGAUUGCAUCCAGACUUCACUGCGACAGUGUAACCUGCGAAGAAAAACUCAUAUUAGCGCGGAAUUUACUCCAGUUGGAUGCAAAGCGAUUGGAAUCAGGACUUCAGUUUCAAAAUGAAACAGAGGUUGCAGGAUACCUGUUGGAGUCUGAAAAUCUCAUACGGCAACAGAUUAUUGAUAUCCAGAUUCUUGUUGAUGGGAAGUAUUAUCAGGCAGACCAGCUAAUCCAAAGGGUGGCAAAGCUACGCGAUGAGCUGAUGUUACAGAAGUCUGAAUGUUCAUUGGUGUACAGCAAAGGGCGUCCUUCGUCAGCGGAUCAGACCCAGCUGAUGAUGGCUGGGCUGACACAGAGUCUGAAUCAGAGCUUCUCCUCUGACUUCUCCCAGAGUUUGACUCCGUCCUUGACCUCCAACCUAUCUCGGAGCCUGACGCCAAGCCUGACCCAUGGAUCAACCCCAGUUCUCACGCCCAGCUUGCCGGCAACGCUGUCUUCCGGCUUAAAGCCUGUCAUGGCGCAUGGGUUCAUUCAAGGCUUUGUCCCCAAUGUGGAGCCUGACACACUGCAGACAGUGAAACUGAUGCAAAUCAGGAAGCCAUUAAUGCGAUCACAGUUUGUUGACCAAUCCCUAACAGAGGAGGAGGUCAACAUGAAGUUUCUCCAGGACCUGUUGAGCUGGGUGGAAGAUAUACAGGUGCAGCUUGAUCGUGCGGAAUGGGGCUCUGAUUUGCCAAGCAUUGAAAGUCAUUUGGAAAACCACAAAAAUGUUCACCGAACAAUUGAAGAAUUUGAAUCGAGCAUCAGGGAAGCCAGAGCCGCAGAGGGACAAAUGACUCCACCAUUCAGCGACAGUUACUCGGAGAAGCUGAGAGCUUUAGAGAGCCAGUACCGGAAGCUUUUGGACACUUCCAGAGACCGAGCCACUCAGCUUGACAGUCUGCAUAGCUUUGUGUCCAGAGCAACCACUGAGCUGAUCUGGCUGAACGAGAAGGAGGAAGAGGAGGUGGCGUACGACUGGAGUGAUAGGAACUCCAGCAUGUUGCGAAAGAAAGAGUACCACGCCGAACUGAUGCAAGAACUGGAAGACAAAGACGUCCUCAUGAGGUCUGUGCAGGAAAUGGCAGAUAAGCUGCUCUUUCACCGGCACCCUGCUCGGUCGACCAUUGAGGCUUUCAAAGCCGCCAUGCAGACCCAAUGGAGCUGGAUUCUGCAGCUCUGCUCCUGCGUCGAGAGACAUCUGAAAGAAAAUGCGACCUAUUUUGAGUUUUACAAUGAUGCCAAAGAAUCCAUGGACUACAUGAGGAACCUGCAGGAGACCAUCAAGAGGAAGUACAAUGGUGACAAAUCCAGCAGCCUGGUGAGACUGGAGGAUCUGGUUCAGGAUUCCAUGGAUGAGAAAGAACAGCUGCUUCAGUACAAGAGUAACGUAGCAAGUCUCAUGAGUCGGGCAAAGACAAUCGUGCAGCUGAAGCCCAGGAAUCAUGAAAAUCCCAUCAGGAUCUCCAUCCCCAUCAAAGCCAUCUGUGACUACAAACAAAUCGAGAUAACUAUUUACAAGGAAGAUGAAUGUUUGUUGGAAAACAACUCGCACCGAGCCAAGUGGAAGGUCAUCAGCCCCACUGGGAACGAGGCCAUGGUUCCGUCCGUUUGCUUUUUAGUUCCACCGCCAAAUAAAGAGGCCGUCGAGAUGGCAAGCCGGAUUGAGCAACUCUAUCAGAAUGUCCUGGCUCUCUGGCAUCAGUCCCACAUUAACAUGAAGAGCAUCGUGUCCUGGCACUACCUGAUGAAUGAAAUCUCCACCAUCCGAGCCUGGAACGUUGCCUCGAUAAAGACCAUGUUGCCAGGAGAGCAUCAGCAGGUGCUCAGCAACCUACAGGUCCACCUCAAUGACUUCCUGGAGGACAGUCAGGAGUCCGAGGCCUUCUCAGUCACUGACGGAACCCAACUGGAGAGGGAAGUCCAGUUCUGCAAACAAUAUUAUGAAGAUCUACUGAAGUCGGCAGAAAGAGAGGAACAAGAGGAGUCGACCUGCAACUUGUUCAUCUCCGAGCUGCGGAACAUCCGCCUCCGGGUGGAGAACUGUGAGAAGCGGCUGAUCCGCCAGAUCCGGACCCCGCUCGAGCGUGACGAUCUGCAGGAGAGCGUGCAGAGAAUCUCCGAGCAAGAGAAGCUAAAGAGUGAACUGGAGGAGCUUAUUGCGGAUCUGGAGAAAGUAACGGAGAAAUGCGAUAAAUUCUUUGGCCAGGCCUCUUCAUCUUCAGCUCCGACCCUGCGGACCGAGCUGAGUGUCGUGCUGCAGAAUCUCAAUCAAGUCCACUCACUCUCCUCUAUUUAUUUGGAAAAGUUGAAGACUGUCAAUCUGAUUGUUAAAAACACUCAAGGAGCAGAGGCUCUUGUUAAGCAGUAUGAGACCAAACUGGGAGAGGAGGAUGCGGUGCCCCCUGACCCAGAGGCCAUUCGGUCUCUGCAGAAUACACUGAAGCAAUGGCGCACUGAGGUGGACGAGAAGCGGGAAGUCUUCCAUUUGCUCGAAGACGAGCUGCAGAAAGGCAAGGCUGUCAGCGAGAGGAUGCUGAGGACCCACAACGAGCGUGACAUGGACAUGGAUUGGCACAAGGAGAAGGCCGUUCAGUUGGCUGAGAGAUGGGAGAGCAUUCACUCCCAAAUUGACAACAGACUGCAUGAGCUCGACGGAAUCAGCACGUCCCUGAGCUGCUACAAAGACUGUAACAAAGACCUCUAUCGGUGGAUCCAAGAAAUGGAAGCCACCCAGCAGAAGAUGCAAGAACAUCAGCCCGAAGAUAUCCGAGCCCUCGCAGAUGAACUCCAUCAACAAAAGACGUUGGCUUCUGAGGUUGAAAUGAAACAUGGGAAAAUGGACGAAUGUCAGAAGUAUUCAGAGGGAUAUUCCUCUGCUGUAAAGGAAUAUGAGCUUCAGCUGAUGACGUACAAAGCCAUGGUGGACUCCCAGCAGAAAUCCCCAGUCAAGCGGCGAAGGAUGCAGAGCUCAUCAGACAUCAUUGUACAAGAGUUCAUGGACCUCCGCACCCGCUACACUGCUCUGGUUACCCUGAUGAUGCAGUACGUGAAGUUUGCCAGCGAUGCCUUAAAAAGAUCAGAGGACGAAGAGAAAUCAGUGGAAGAGUCAAAGCAAGAGCAUGUCGAGAAAGUUGGCGAAUUGAUGAGAUGGGUUUCUGAGAAGAACAAGAGUUUAGCUGUGAAACAUCGUCAAUCACCCGCACCUGAGCCCAGUGCAACUGAGAAGUCACUUUCCGAGCAGCAGGCACUGCAUGUGGAAUUAUCAAGCAAGAAGGACCAAAUUGCUGAAGCUAUACACACGACACAGAUGUUCUUGGCGAAACACAGUGACAAGAUAUCAGAAGAGGAUAAACUACAAACAGAAAAGCAAGUGGAGUCACUUCAGGAAGCUUAUGAUAAGUUGUGUGAACGGUCUUGCGAGGAGCUCCAGCACUCCCAGAGCAUGCUGGCAGAGGCAUCAGGGGAGAAGACCUACGAAGCCAUCGCAGGGGUUGUCGACCUGUCAACAGGAAUAGUGUUUUCAAUCUUCCACGCAAUACGCAAUGGGCUCAUUGAUUAUGACACGGGUGUGAUAUUGCUGGAAGCACAGGUCAUUGUGUCAGACCUUAUCUUUCCAGAAACGGGACAGUGCCUUGACUUAGAGGAAGCGUUGAGAUGCCAAUUAGUAGAUCAACACAUCUUCAAUCAACUAAAACAACUGAGAGAUGCCAUUCAUACUUCAAGUACCUUGAGUGGAACGAGCGAUAUCCAUCCUGCUGCUGCUGCCCAUGUUCGGAAUGUCCUCUCUGAGGUUCUUGUCAUCAAGGUUCUUGAGGCCCAGCUUGCGACGGGAGGUCUGCAAGUACCGGUUACUGGCGAGAAGCUUGGUCUGGAGGAAGCCUUCCAGCGAAAGUUCAUCACUGCUCAGCUCUACUUCAAACUUACAGAGAGGCAGAAAAUGUGCAAGGAGCUGAUUGACCCAAGUACAUCCGAGAAAGUAUCACUGAUGGAGUUAAUGCGGAGAACCAUUGUGGAUGAAGACACAAAUCUCAGGCUGGUUCCUGUGAGACCGCAGCAAUCGAGCACGAUCACUUUGAAGUCAGGCAGAGAGACCAAUGUUUUCCGGGCAGUCCAUGAAGGCCUUAUUGAUCGCGAAGUGAUGAUUAGGAUUCUGGGAGCUCAGCUGUUUGCAGGAGGGCUUAUUGACCCCCAAACUGAAAGGCGUCUCACGGUGGAUGAAGCCUUGGAAUGCGGUCUGAUUGAUCACGAUACAGCCUCCACCCUCCUCACUCAUCAAGUUGAAUCAGGAGGCAUCGUCAACCCAAGAAGCGGUUGCAGAUUAACCAUGGACGAAGCCAUACAAUGCAAUUUAAUAUCAUCCAGCAGUGCUCUGUUAGUGUUGGAGUCACAAAAGGUGUUUAUGGGCCUUAUUUGGCCCGAUUCUGGUGAAAUAUUUUCUAUAGAUACAUCUUUGCAACAAGGAGUGGUAACCAAUGAAUUGGCCUGCAAAAUCUUGAGUAACAGGCAAAAAAUAGCAGCUCUUUACAUUCCAGAAAGCUCACUAGUGCUCACACCUGAAGAGGCAACAGUGCAAGGCAUAAUAGACCAGAAAACAGCUCAUGUCCUGAACACAAUACAAAUCCCUGACUUAAUGCCCCGUACUAAUGGCUUUCAGCCUUCCUGUGCAGAUAUUUCGGACUGGGCUCCAGGUUCUGAAAUUGAAUCUUGUGCCGCCAGUGAUACUGUGGACACUGAAGAACCAGAUGGAGAUGAGAAAUCUCCAGAGAAUCAGAGGGAAGUUCAACAGAAGUUCAUGAUUGACUUAAUGAUGCACAGCUACAUGGACGCAGGCACAGGAAGGAGGCUACUGCUGGUAGACAGUGACUUGAAUGAAAAGGUUCAAAGGGUAAUGGAAGCAAGCAGUGAGGGGGAUCCCUUUGAAAAUUGGCAGGGAUUUAUUUGUGAUCGUGAAGGUGCAGGAACUAAGAGUCACUUGGAAUCCAAAGAGACUUCCAGAGACAAUGGCACUGAUAAAUGGCACAAAGAUUCUGAAUCAUGGCAGCCAGCGGUCAUGGGAAGAAAGCAGCCCAGUGUUGCAUCUCAUGAACAAUAUGGCAAUAUGAACUGUGAAGAGCUGUUUUGGGUGCCUGAGCUCCAGUUAUUACCGAUCAGUGAAGAUGGGGAAGAGGCACGUUCUCAGACAGCGGACAGUCUCGGAAAUGCUGCAACUGGUGGUGACGGGGGAAGGACACUUCAGGCAACUGAAACUUUGGAGAAAUAUGCAGAGCCUCUUGAAGGAACAUCAAUCCAAAGAGCUUCAAGUCCACAUCUAGACCUGGAUGAAAGCAUUACGACGGCCAGUGGAAUCAUUCAUUCUUUGGGGAGUGAGUUGGACAACCAGUUGAAAGUGAAUUGGAAACCUGCAGAAGAUGAUGCUGCUCUUGAGGCUUCUCAAGAAAUGAGCACACCUUCAGAUUCUGGUGUACAAGAAAAGGUGACCAGUACCCUUCCUGGUGCAGUCCAGCAGAUGACUGAAAUUGUGCAAAGGACUCUAACUGACCAAUUGUUUCCAUCAUGUGAGUCUCAGAGAUUCACUCCAUUCCCCUUGGAAAUUGACUUCCAAAACGAGUUUGGCGAAGAUUUGAAGAAAAUGUUGGGUUUUGAUGGAGGUCGCGCAGGGCAGGAGGAAGAUCAAAUUCUCAGCAAUACUCAAGAUGUAAAAGACAUGCUGGUGAACUCCAAUGAGAGUGGUACAAAGGAUUUGAAUGUCGAAGCGUUUGCAGAACCCUCAGGAGUGGAAGGACCAAAUAAUGCAAAAGAAAAACGAGAUAUUGCAGUCGAGCAUCACAAAACCUUGACAGAUGAAGCCGUGCAUUGUCUUCCUUUGGAACCGCAGGUUCCAACUGCAGGAGCUGGGUUGAUUCCACAUCCCUUAGAAUCUGAGGCAAGGAACUAUGAAGGCCCUGCACGUGGAAGUAACAAAAUCACAUCAGUUCCCAGUCUGGAAGACAUUGCAGAUGGACAUGAAAUGGUGGAUUUUGUUGGUAUCCCAGGCGUAGAGGGGUUAAGUGAAGACACGAUGGUUGUAGCAUUGAAGAUAGAGGAAGACAUAGAGUUUGAUGUCGAUGACAUCAGUGCAUUUGAAGCUAAUGACGUUAUGUUUGAGGAUGCAGAUGUUGAGAACCAGCAUGAAGGCAGCAUGAAAGAAAUGAGGGAUGCAAGGGGGCAGAAUAUCAUUGUGACCAGUGAAACCUUGUCCAGUGUAUUUGAAGCCAAUGACGUUAUGUUUGAGGAUGCGGAUGUUGAGAACCAGAUUGUCCUUCAAAGAUUUAUGGAGGAAAGCGAAGAUUCUACAACUGACCGAGGGAGUAUGAAAGAAAUGAGGGAUGCAGGGGAGCAGAAUCUCAUUGUGACCAGUGAAACCUUGCGGUCAAGUCCAAUGGAAACUGGUGCUGAAUGUACACGCAGCAUGACUGGUACUGAGAGUCAUGGAAGUGAGAAGCAGAGGGAAAUAAUGAUCGUUGAAACGUUGGAUGAUAUUGCAGAUUUAGAAGACAGAAUGGUAGCGGAAGAACCGUUUGUUAUCAGUGACGUAUCACAGAAUGAGAGACCAUAUCAUUGCACUGAAAAUUACACGGAUGGUGCAUUGGGAAAUGAACGGAAUGGAUCAGAUGUGGGUGAAUGUAUACAUCAACAUAUAGAGUCCACUUCAGCGGUUGACAAUGGUGAAAGUUGGAGGAGCAAGGCAAUUGUAUGUGUGGAAGGACUGGAUGAUAUUGCAGAGACCCAAGAAAUGCCAUGGUAUGUCGGGGACUUCACAGGAGGGAAAGAAGUUCAAAUACUCAAUACAGAAGUCGAAGAUUUUGAAGAUUUAUUUGCACCUUGCGAACAAAUGUCGGAGGGGGAAAUUAUCUUUUUAAAUGGAGAAGGCCUCCGUUCAGACCGAGAUGAACAGGUUCAGAGCAAUGAAAGCUGCUGCCAAGAUUUUGGAGCAGUUGAAGGUCAGGACAAAAGCCAAGGGCAAGUCAGCAGCGGGUCAGUGCAAGAAAACCAUCAAACAUCUGAACUGGAUGAAUCAAUGAGCGAUUUAGCAAAUGCAGGUACAACAUUGAUGGGCACUAGAUUAACGAUUAACAGCAAACAGCAAGAAAAGGCAAAUGACUGGGCAAUGCCACUGGCAAAUGCUGAGGACAGUUGUAUUGGAAGACAUUUGUCUGACUUGGAAGAGGAGGAGGAAGAUGAGAAAGAGGAUGGUGGACAAGUAGCUUCUCUUGAGGCAGUGAAAAAUGCAGAGCGGGACAGAUCCAUCUUAAUCAAACAACUCCAGUCCGACAUUGAAGCAGGUGGGAUAUUUGACCCUGUUACCGGUCGGAGGUGCAACCUCGAUGCUGCUUUGGAACGAGGAUUUUUGGAUGAGGAUAUGGUUGUAGAUAUUCUGGUUUCACAAUUCCAGGAUGGAGGAAUCACAUCAGAAGAGACUGGUGAAAACUUAACUCUUUGCGAAGCAGUCACAAAAGGUCUUCUGCAGAGUCAUGUGGCCAUCAAAGUGCUAGGCAAGCUGGGUCUGAUUGGAGGACUCUACAACAACUCCACAGGAGAAAUAAUGGAAGUGGCUGAAGUUGCAGAACAUUUAGUAAACGAUGAACUACUGGCCAAGAUUCUGCUUUCUGAGAAAGCUGUCAGUGGGGUAAUUCACCCGGAAACUAAUAAGCUGCACAGCAUUAACGAUUCAGUAAGACUUGGAAUUCUGGACAGUUCCACCGCUCUGCAUUUGCUACAAGGUCAAGUUGUUUCUGGUGGCAUUGUAGACCUUUAUCAAGAAGGUAGACUAUCAGUGGCCAUGGCCUUGAAGCUUUGCCUGGUGGACGAGGAACACGUUGAACAACUGAUCAAAAUUGAAAAGGCUAAAAAUGGAGAGCAGGUCGAUAAGGUGACCAGACUGAAGGCUCUGAGCUACCAGCUUGAAACACAUGGGGUGCUGGAUCCACAGACUAGGCAGCCUUUAUCUGUGAUAGACUUGGUCAAGGGAGGGUUUGUGGAAAGGGAUGCUGUGCUUAGCGUUCUUCGCAAGCAAGUUGAAGAUGGCGGUAUCAUUCAGCAUAAGUCAGGACUGCGUCUCUCUGUAACAAAUGCUUUGAAGCAUGGUUUAAUCAAUGAAAACCUAGCCAAUGACCUGUUUGAAUUAGAAGUAUCAUGCCAAAAUAUUUGCAAUUUGCAUUCUGAGAGCUAUUUGCUUCCUCAGGAAAGGAAUUUAAACCCAUCAGACUUUUCAGCGGAGGUUAAAAGGAACUUGAAAUCAGACCCGUUUUUCACUGAAUUUGAUGAAGUAGGAUCUGAUGUUGGUAACUCAUUUGAUGAAGGUUUGAAAAAAGAAGAACGUUUGUUUGCAAGACGUGGCUAUAUUGAUUACAAUCAUUUGGACACUAUUCCUUACUCUGAUUUAGUGAAGAUAAGUAACAUAGAUAUAGAAACUGGGCAAAGGUACGUGGCAGUUAAACCAUACCAAGAGUCAUCGGAUGCUGAUAAAGUUGAAGCCAUGUCAAAGCUGAAGGCGGCAGGUGUAGAUCUGACCACUGCUCGCAGUAAUCAUAGAAAGGAUUUAAAUGAUGAAACUUUGAUACCCACUAAAGAAGAUGAGAUCACUGUGCAAGACUUUGCAACAAAGUAUGAUCAGAAUCAUAGCAGAAAGCCUCCGGAAUCUGAUACAUCAGUUUCAGGAGAUACUUUCCUCAACAAUGAGCUUUCAGAGGCUGGCAUGUUCUCUGCAGAAGAUGUAUCUAUUAAUCUGAGCAGCUUUGCAUCCAAAUCUUCAGGUUCACUUCAAGAUAACUUUUUCAUGUACAUUCGGGAAUGCACAUCAGAUUUAUUGCCAGAGGUGGAAAUAUCAGAAUCUACUGAUGAAGGAGAUAUUCCAAAGAGUGAAGAAAAACAGAUUAACAAGUAUGGGACUCUAGAUGGAGAGACAAUUGUGGGAGGGAAAUGUGUGGAAGAGUUGGAGUUGAACAGUACAGCAAGUUCCGCUGGGACUCAGGAUCUAAUUAGUAACAAAACGAAUGAUAAAUGGGUUGAAGAUGUUGAGAGAAUAUCGCCUGAUGUGACGUUAGGCUUACAAGAACAACCAUCGCUAAAUGAGAUGCUUACAGACCAAUAUUCAGUUGCACAAAGUAUUGGUUGUGAUAACGAUUCAGAGGUUCCUGAACAGAAAGGAAUCUUGAUGCCGACUGUGGAGAACGAGCUGAAAUCUGUUUGUGUGGAAACACAUGAAGCAUUGAAGGAUGGACCAAGUGGUGAUGUGCAGAACCCAAUCAACAAACCAAAGACAAGUGGACGCAACCAAGAAAGAAAGAUUGACCAGACAUCAGUUAAUAUUGUGGAUGUGGAAACUAAGGGAGAGCUUGUGUGCAGGAUGGAAGAAACAGAGAACCAAGUGUCCACUGUUUCUGGAGCAAGAGGAGAUGAGAGAGAUGUGUCAGCCCCUGACUCGCAAAUAUCAUCUACAGAAUCUGAAAUUCCUUUAUGCCAAGAUGGGGUUGAAGGAUUGCAAGUCACAGAUGCUGGAGAUCAUAAUCUUAGGAAGUCAUUGCAAGAAAUAGAACAAAUGUCUUCAGAAAUGGAGGGAAAAGGCAGCUCAGUUGUACUGGAGAAAAAUGCCAUCCAUUCAAGGGACACAAUUGGUAAAGGUGAAGCUUUGGAACAGGUUGAUGUUCAAAGGGUACCUGGGGUGAAUGAUGAAAAGGAUGCAAGUCUCUUCAGUUCAAUGGAACAGAAUACAGAAAUAGAACAUACUGAUUUAAAGCCUGCUUCAAACGCAAUGGCAUUAUCUGGUGAUGCAAAGAGUGGUGUAAAAAAGAUAGAUCUCCUGCUUGGUUCUUUGAAACAAGUAUUUAGUAGUCAAGAAUUCACUGAAUCAGAUGGUAACAAGUCCAGGAGGGUAGCAGACUUACUUGCUGGUUUGAAGCCAGAGAUGCUGAGUCCAGAAGUGCAAGAUAUGUUUUGUGUUUUAUCUGAAGAACAAGAUCCUUUAAAAACUCAGGAACUGAUCACCAGGCUGGCUGCUGAGCUUUCUCACCUCGUUCAACUCGAAGAGCCCGGUGUGAUGGAAGACGAGUUAUUGGAUAGGCAAAUGAAAGAAGCACUUAAUAAAAAUAUUCCAAUGCUAUUUGGCACUGAGGUAGUUCUGCAAAAUGCAUCGUGGCAAACAGUCGAAGAGGGAGAGGAUAAUGUGAAUCAAAAAAAUCAAAUGAAAGCAAACCGAGGAAGUGCAACCGAUGAUUCAACAAUGCCUCCUGAGGCUUGCAGUACUGGUGCCUUGGAAUCUCAAGAAGGAAUCACAAAGGUUGGCAUUUCUGACAAUGCACUGAAUGACAGCUGCUUUAAUGAAACGAUACUACUGAAACAAGCUGGACAUGGAGAUGAUUGUGCAAUACUGUCUGGCAAUAUUUUAGAUGAAAUGGAGUUCUUGGAAGAUGCUCUGGAUAAAGCUGCCUUGGAGGAUACAGCAGACCCAAGUAGAAAUAAGUUUGGCGGUGAUUUGAAGGAAGAAUACCAAUUUAUGCAGUCUGAACGAAAUAGAAGUGGGGAUGCAGAUAAGGUGAUACAAUCUGACUCAUUUAAUAAAUUGAACCUGCGGGGCAGUAAUCAGGAAAACAUCUGCAAACUACCACCAGAUGGGGUUUGUCUCAAGGACCCUGAGGAUUGCAUUGUGAAGGAAAGUACGACGGCUGGGCAAAACAUUGAUGAAGGCAAAGGUGAAGGUUUUCUGAUGCGACCUCAUUCAUUUAACGGCGUGGACAAACUGCACGAGGAAGUACGAGAGGAAGACACGAUCGAGAAUGCAUCAAGCAAUGCCUGCGAUGCACACGCAGUGAAUGAGAGGGAAGGAAAAUCAAGCAGCCAAAACAAUCACAAAGGUCCCAGCAAAGAUUCAGUUGCAUUGUUGCAUGGUCAUCCCAAUGUAGCAGAACAACCAGAGCAAGCACUCAAAGAAGAGUCUCCAAAUUGUUUUUGGAUUGAUGCGAAUAAAGAUGAGAAGAAGGUAGUAGAGCAAGCCAUUGCAAGCGGACAAAAUACAGACAAACCCGUGCAUGAGGAUCCAGUGGCGCAGUCUCAUGGAGGACCCAGUCAAAUACAAGGACUGACAACCUGUGGGGAGAAGAGCAGCAUUAAAGUUGGACCACAUGAAGUCUGCCAUGGACCUGCUGAGAACCACCGGGCUGCUGAAGGAGAUGGACAGCCACGUGACAUUGCACGGCAGUGUUGGCAGCACAGAGAGAAACUACAAGCUCAUUUGACAUUGCUCCAAGAAAGGAAAGUUCAACUGGAGAGUCAGCAGACUGGUGACAAGAACCUGGAAACCCUUCAAGAACAACUGUGUUAUGUGAAAUUACUAAAGAGCGAACUGGAGGAGCCAGCCACACGCAGCCUGAGAGCAGUGGAGGAACUCCUGGAGAAAUGUCACGUGAAUGCCGAUGAAGCAUUGCUGAGGAGCUUGGAAAGUGACCGUAAAGAUUUACAGGCAACUCUGGGGGAUAUGAUGGAAGUUUGUUCGUGCAGGACUGAAGCCCUGGUGUGUGCCAUUGAAGCAGAGCAGCUGAAGGUCAGAGCAUCAUAUCAGGAACUCCUGGCCACAGUGGAACGGCUGUCCUGUCACAUCGGAGAAAAUGUGGUCACCCUGGAGGCCCUGCAGGCUGAGACUGCCCGUGACGUGCAAGCUCUCCAACACCACAUACAGCAACACAAGGAUUUAGAAGAAGCCUUCACUGAUAUAAAAACUCAGCUGGAAGGCACUGCAUUUGACAUCCAGUUCUUUAUUUCGGAACACGCUUUGGAUCUGGCCCCCGAGGAGAACAGGAGUCUGCUCAAGCUGUUGAAUAAGACCCAGACAUCACUUAGAAGUGCGAUGGAAGUAAUGUCAGCACAGAUGAGAUCUUUGAAUCUUAAAUUACAAACCAGAUUAGAGGAGGAUGUCCAGAAGGCGUUGGAAGAGAAGCAAGAAGAAUGCAAUAAGAGACUGCAGGAGAUAAGUGAUCGACUGAUGGUGACGGAAAACAAAAUAAUUGGCUAUGACAGUGGGACAUCGGUUUCCAGUGAAGGCUUAGCUAAUUUGCAACAGCAACAGGCGGAACAUCAGGCCUUUCAAAAGGAAAUCCAGGCUAAUGCAAUCACUUUAGCAAACGUGGUAAGUGCAAUAGAAGAGUUUCUGGAGAAGAAUGGGGACAAACUUCAACCAGAAGAGAAAGCAGCAAUGGAAAAAAAGCUGACAGAAGCCAAGCUGAAACUCAGUGCAUUGAGUGAGAAGGUAGACACCGACAUCAAGAACCUGGACAAAGCUGUAACAACUGCUCUCAAACAGGAAACCGAGAAGGCUGCAGCAGUGAAGCAGUUGAAGGAAAAUGACAGCAAAAUCCAAAACCUCUUGGGCUGGUUGUCCAAUAUGGAACAAGAGCCAUCAACUGAUCAGAAGGGAAAGGAAACACUGCAACAGAAUGGCAACACAAUUUCAGUGGAUGGACUGCAGGUACUGGAGAAUGAAGACACAGUCAAUGGAAACCUGCCCUGCAACGUAGGUGAGACCAUGGGAGAGGAAGAGAAGGAGCUAACAACUGAUGGAGAUUUACAUGGACAAUAUGAAAAAGCCAAGCUCCGCCACCAGCAAGUUGUGUCACAACAGCAGAUUUACAUUGUAGCUACACAAUCAGUCCAGGACUUCCUGCAGAAACAAGGCACGAGCAUUCCAGCCGCAGAACGAGAGAAGUUGGAGAAGGACUUGACUCAGUUGAAAGUUCAGUACGAGACCACGCUGGGCCAGUCUGAAAGCAGACUGAAGCUGGUUCAAGCCGUGCAGGGUGAGCUGAAGACCUUUUCCACAGAUUACAAUGAAUUUGAAAACUGGUUGCACCAGUCUGAACGGCAGCUGGAGGAUCUCCAGUCUGGUGCCAAGGACAUGGGCACCUUUGGUGGCAAGCUGAAAAGGCAGAGAAGCUUUUCUGAAGACGUCAUCUCUCACAAAGGGGACUUGAGGUACAUUACUAUCUCGGGACAAAGAGUCCUCGAUGCUGCCAAAUCCUGUGGGGAAUCGGGUCUGAGUAAAGACGGCAAACCUCAGGUUGAUAUGUCUGCAACUUGUACUCAGGUGCAGAACCAACUGAACAUGGCCAGUGACUGUUAUAAAUCACUGCAAUCCAAGUGCAAUCUGUUGGGUAAAAAUCUCAAAGACGUGGUGGAUAAGUAUGACCAUUACCAGGAGUUGUCAGCCGGGCUUCUACCCUGGCUUCAAACUGCUGAGGAAGCUGCAGGAACACAGCUGACGGAGGCCAUUGCAGCAGAUCCGAAGAACCUUCAGAAGCAGUUGGAGCAAGCCAAGGCUCUCCAUGAUCAGAUAUCUGGGCAUCAACGAGUGGUUGAGAAGCUAAGGAAAGCCGUGGAUGCGCUUGUGGGUACAGAUGGUGAUCUCUUGUUGAAUCGAGAAGAAAUCCAGGAUAACAUGGAUGAUGUUGUGCUGAGAUACAAGAAUCUGUCCAAGUCGGUCAAUGAACGCAAUGAGAGCUUGCAGGUGACACUCACACGGUCCUUGAGUGUUCAGGAUGGUUUGGAUGAAAUGCUUGACUGGAUGGCCAGUGUGGAAAAGAGCCUGGAUGAUGAAGGGGAAAUUCCUGUCAACUCUGUUGCCAUUCAAGAAGCUUUUAGGAAAAACACUGCAUUGGAACAGAACAUCGCCAGCCGCCAAAGCAGCAUCAGUGCCAUUGAAGAGAAAGCCAACAAGUUCAUCGCCACGGCAGACCCGUCUACUGCCUCCGCAUUACAAGCCAAGGUGGACGACCUUGCCAAACGCCUAGCUUCAGCCAGUGGCCGGCACAAAGAAAGAACAACCAGGCUGGAGAACCUCAGGGGCAAAGUGGAGCUCUUUGAGAAGACCUUCCAAAAAAUUGAGCAGUUUGUCACCCAGAAAUCACAGUCUCUCUCUGAAACUGAUGGGCCAGGAAAAGACAUCAACGAACUGUCACAGCACAUGCAGGAAGUGAAUACUGAGCUAUUGGAUCAAAGUGAAGGUCUGAAUGCACUGAACAAGUUGGCUGAAGAGCUUGGCGGGUGCGCCACAGCUGAAGGACGGACGCAGAUCCUCAACAGAGUCAACACCCUGUCAAAGAAUUUCCGAGGACUGGAAGAGACUACCAAGAAAAAAGAGGAAGAAUUAUGCUGUUGCCAACUUCAGACAGAUGAAUUCAAAACCUCGGUGAAGUCAUUUAGAAAGUGGGUGGAGGGAAUAAACAGUAGGAUUCCAGUAAUAGACUCAAGCCUUUCUACAGAAACUCUUCAAGGACAUUUAUCCAAUGUUAAGGUCAUGUGUGAUGAAUGGACAGCAAAGGCUUCUGAGGUCCAGGAAGUUAAUCGGAAAGGAUCAGCUUUAUGUCACCAGAUCAAUGUGCUGAUUUCUCCAGUCGUUUCAAGACCAGCAUUCAAAUCAGGUCCACAGGUGGUGAAUGGUGGGGGUGAAGUCUCUGAUGUCUGUGAUUCAAAAGAGGUGAGUGCCAUCCAGAAAGAUGUUGCAGAUGUAAGUUAUCGGUAUGAAGAGGUGGGAGCCUCGCUGAAGAGGACGGAGAGCCAGCUGGAUUCCAUGCUGGCUCAGAGGCAACACACCCAGGAGGAAGCCUUGGUGAUCAGAGAGUGGCUGGAGUCAAUGGAUAAGAGAGCUGCAGGCUGGGAUACGGUGCCAACAGAGAAUGAAGCUAUAAAGGAACAAAUUGAGCAACACAAGGUGCACGAAGCUGAAUUGAAACAAAACACAGAUAGGGUUGAACAGGUGAAAGAGAAGUUGACUUUGCUACUGCAAGAAAACCCAGACUCGCCUGAAGCGGGGAAAUGGAGACAGACGCUGGAUUAUAUAAAUUCAAAGUGGAAGCAGGUCAGCCAGUCGGCCAGCGAGCGGCAACAGAAGCUGCAGGAGUCGUCUGGGUUCCUCACGCAAUUUGAAACGGCUGAGGUGCAACUGAGUCAGUGGCUCAUUGAGAAGGAACUGAUGAUGAAUGUGUUGGGGCCACUCUCCAUUGAUCCUCAUAUGUUGAACAACCAGAAACAACAAGUUCAGAUCCUGCUGAAGGAGUUUGAGACACGGAAGCCACAACACGAGCAGCUGAAACUGGCAGCUGAGGGCAUUUUGAGUCGACCAGAUGACUCUGCUCCGACCUGUGGCGUUGUCAGCGUCCAGCUGGCUGCUGUAACGCAGAAGUGGGAUUCUCUGACUGGGCAGCUGGUUAACCGCUCUAACCUCAUUGACCGGGCCAUCGUCAAAAGCACCCAGUUCCAAAACCUAGUCCACCACCUCUCGGGCAAGUUGAGCACCUUGGACGCGAAGCUGGCCAGCCAGCCGCCCAUCGACGCCCAGCCCGAAGCUGUGAAGCGGCAGCUGGAGGUGGCCAGCGAACUCCGGGCCGAGCUGCAGCAGGAGGAGAAGGGCGUGCAGGAGGCCGGGGCCCUCUGCGAGGAGAUCUCGGUCCUCGUUGGCGAGCAGUACUUGAAGGCUGAGCUCACCAGACAGUUGGACAACGUCGUCAAGCCGUUCCGGGACCUCGAGGAAAGAGCAGGAAAUCGAGUCCAUCAUCUUCAGUCUGCACUGGCAAAUUCCGAGCAGUUUCAACAGAUGUUUGACGAUUUCCAAGCCUGGAUAGGUGGAAAGUGCGAUGAGCAGAGCCAGAGGGCUCCCAUAUCGGCCAAGCCUGACCUCCUCCACUCACUGAUCGAUGAGCAGACGGCGUUUCAGAAAUCCUUAGCACAAAAAGCUGGGUCCUACGAGAUGAUCACGGCAGAAGGAGAGUCACUCCUCCAGAAUAUGCAGACGGGAGUUGAGAAAACUGCCUUGCAGGAUCAACUUGCUGCCCUCAGGGGCACCUGGGAAGAGCUGGCCAAGCAAGUGGAGAACAGGCAAGAGAAACUGAGGGAUUGUUUGCAGAAAGCCCAGAGGUACCAAGAAUGUGUAGAACGCUUGCUCCCGUGGGUGCAAGAAUGUGAAGCAAAGUCCUCGCAGGUGCAAGUGUGCAGUGGCGGGGCAGAGGUCGAGUCCUCGUUGGCAAGCAUUAAGGCUUUACAGAAUGACAUGGACCAGCAUCGGAGGGAGCUUGAGUCUUUAAAUAAUGCUGCAGACCGCCUGAUUGAAGCCAGUCAGGUGGAUGCUGAGGAUGUCCAGUGUGAGAAGGCUCUGGUCAACCAGAAGGUGGAUAUGAUCGGUGAACAACUCCGCCUUAAAAAAGAGUCCCUGAAUGAGAAUGCAAAAUGCAUGAAGGAGUUUCAAAAUUCUCUCAGAGAUACGAAGGGGCAGUUACAAGGGGCCAAGCAGCAACUGGACCACCAUGAUACCCUUGGGUCUCAAGCGUACAGUAACAAAUGCUUGACCAAUUUGAAUGCCCAGCAGAAGAUGCUUCAGGCUUUGACAUCCCAAGUGGAGAGGGUCAAGUGUCUUGCUCAGAGAUUGACCUCCGCCUCCUCAGACAGAGAAGGAGCGUCUUUGCUCCUGCAGCAAGCUGAUGCUCUGCGGAAAGAUCACGAGUCGGUGAGCCAGCAGGUACGUGAAAGGUGCUCCUCCUUGGAGGUCAAGCUCCAAGGCAUCGGGCAAUUUCAGAACAACAUCCGGGAGAUGUUCUCCUUAUUUGCCGACCUCGACGAUGAACUGGACGGCAUGGCUCCUGUGGGAAGGGACCUGGACUGCCUUUGCGUCCAGAAAGACGACAUCCGAGGGUUCAUCAGUAAACUCCAGCAGCUGACGACAGGCAUCGAAGGCACAAAGAAAGAAAGCAGGCAGAUGCUGGAGUCCUCAGGCUCUCCAGAUUUGAUGGGGUUGAAGCGGGAUCUGGAGGCUUUGAGCAAGCAAUGCAAUAAGCUGCUGGACAGGGCAACGGUCAGGGAGGAGCAGGUGGGAACCACCCAUGCCCAGGUUGAAGAGUUCAACAACAGAAGGAAAACAUUCAGUGAACUGAUGACUGUGUCUGAGGAACAUGAGGAGAAUCAGGGCAGCGUUGGCAUGGAAACCGAGGUCAUCAACCAACAACUGGAAUCAUUCAAGGUAUUUCAAAAGAAAGAGAUCGAGCCACUUCAGACUGUGCUCCAGGAGAUUAAUCGAAUUGGCCAAGGAUUGAUUCAGAGUGCGGGUAAAAAUACCAAUAUCCAGAAGUUGGAACAUGACCUUGAAGAUGCAAACGCCCGUUGGAACACGCUCACCAAAAAGGUUGCGGAGCGAGCGGCCAAGCUGCAGGAAGCACUGUUGCAUUGUGGCAGGUUUCAGGAUGCACUCGAAUCGUUGCUCGGCUGGUUAACGGAUACCGAGGAACUCGUGGCCAACCAGAAGCCUCCUUCGGCCGAGUUCAAAGUCGUCAAGGCUCAGAUUCAAGAACAAAAGCUCCUCCAACAUUUACUGGAUGACCGCAAACCAACGGUGGAAAUCAUUAAGCGGGAAGGGGAGAAGAUCGCCGAGUCAGCUGAUUCCAUGGACCGUGACAAGACUCUGAACCAGUUGCAAGGCCUGAGUCAGAGGUGGAAUUCCCUUCUUACAAAGGCUGAGAACAGACAACGACAGCUGGAGGCCAUCUUGGUUGUGGCUCAGCAGUUCCAUGACACUGUGGAGCCCUUGGUCGAGUGGCUAUCGGCUGCUGAGAAGAAGGUUGCAAGCUCUGAGCCCAUUGGAACUCAAACAACCAGACUGCAAGAGCAAAUUACCCAGCACAAGGCUACGGAAGAUGACGUCACCAGUCACGGUAAACACUUGCACCAGGCUAUUAGAGUUGGUCAGUCACUAAAGACUUUGAGUUCCAGAGACGAUAAGGACAUAGUCCAGGGAAAGCUGGAUUCUGCCCAGACUCGGUACAUUGAGAUCCAGGACAGGUGCGGCCGCAAAGCUGCCCUGAUCCAGCAGGCUCUCGCCAAUGCCUGGGUAUUUGGGGAGGACGAAGUUGAGGUUCUGAACUGGUUGGCUGAAAUGCAAGACAAACUUAACAAUGUGGCCAUUCAAGACUGCAAUCCCGAUCGCCUCCAGAAACAACAUUUGGACCACCUGAACCUUCAUGAAGACAUUCUCCUGCGGAAGCAACACGUUGAUCAGGCCAUCCAGAAUGGGCUGGCACUACUGAAACAGACAACAGGGGAUGAAGUUAUAAUAAUUCAGGAGAGGCUCGAUGGCAUAAAAGCACGCUAUGCUGAGAUUACUGCCACCAGUGGUAAAGUCUUGAAGACCUUGGAACAGGCCCUACAGCUUGCCACCAAAUUUCAGUCUGCUCACGAGGUGUUGUCUGCCUGGCUCGAUAGGGUGGAGGCUGAACUGGCCACAUGUGCUUCCGAGGCACUUGCAGGAGAACAGCUAGCUCAAGCUCAGGAAAGACAACAGGAGCUGAAGAGAGAGAUGAUGAAGUACAGAGUGAGUCUGGACACUGUCAAUGAAGUCAGCAACGCUCUGCUGGAGCUUGUCCCUUGGAGAGCAAGAGAAGGACUCGACAUACUGGUGUCUGAUGACAAUGAGCGCUAUAGAUCAGCCAGCGAGGCCAUCGCACAGAAGGUGGAAGAAAUAGGCGCUGCUAUACAGAGAUCACAGCAGUUCGAGCAAAGAGCAGAUGGAGAGAUUGCCUGGAUCGCAGAAACGGAGAGGAAGCUGAGAUCACUUGGUGACAUAAGACUUGAGCAAGACCAGACUUCUGCAGAGCUGCAAGUUCAAAAGGCAUUUUCAAUGGAUAUUUUGCGACACAAAGACACAAUUGAUGAACUUGUCAUGAAUGGAGAUGAAAUAAUGACUUCUAGCACUGAAGAGGAGAAAGUAACCCUGAAGAGGAAGCUGGGCACGCUGCAGACGCAGUACGAGGUGAUCAGCCAGAUGAACGCAGAGCGGUACCUACAGCUGGAACGGGCUCAGUCUCUAGUCAACCAAUUUUGCGAGACCUACGAGGAGCUCUGGCCAUGGCUUGAAGAGACCCGGGUGUUGAUUUCCCAGUUGCCCACCCCUGCCAUUGAGUUUGAGCUUUUGAAGCAACAGCAGGAAGAACUUCGGCAACUGCGCGAGCUCAUCUCUGAACACAAGCCCCACAUCGAUAAGAUGAACAAGACUGGACCUCAGCUACUGGACCUAAGCCCUCUGGAAGGACUGGCCAUUCAACAGAAGUACAUUGCAGCGGAUGCCCUUUACAGCAAGGUCAAGGAAGAUGUUAAGCUAAGGGCCCUAUCGCUGGAUGAAGCCAUUUCCCAAUCCACUCAGUUUCACGAUAAGAUCAGCCCGAUGCUCGAGGCUCUGGAACGCAUCGCCGUCCGACUCUGGCAACCGCCUUCCAUCUCGGCCGAGGUGGAGAAGAUCCGAGAGCAGAUCAGUGAAAACAAAAAUGUAACCAUGGAACUGGAGAAGUUGCAGCCAGCAUUCAACACCCUCAAACAACGAGGUGGCGAUUUAAUCGGACGCUCCGAAGGAACCGACAAAGACUUCUGUGCGAAAGCUGUUCAAGAGCAGUUGGACAAGAUGGUUUUCUACUGGGCGGACAUCAGAACCCGGGCAGAGGAACGGGAGGCGAAGCUGCUCGACGUGAUGGACCUGGCAGAGAAAUUCUGGUGUGAUCAUUCCGCCCUGAUUGCCACCAUUAAGGAUACUCAAGACUUGAUCCAAGAAUUGGAGGAACCUGGUAUAGAUCCAUCCGUGGUCAAAGAACAGCAGGAAGCACUGGUGGCAAUCAAAGAAGAAAUCGAUGGACUUCAGGAAGAGCUGGAGAUUGUACAGAACCUUGGAGCUGAGCUGACCUCAGCCUGUGGAGAACCUGAUAAGCCAGUGGUGAAGAAAAAUGUGGAUGAGCUGAAUGGUACCUGGGGUAAUCUGAAUAAGGCAUGGAAAGAUCAUAUUGAUCAGCUGGAUGAAGCCAUGCUGGAGGCAGUUCAGUUCCAGGAUGCACUGCAGGCCAUGUUUGACUGGAUGGACUUUGCAGAAAGUAAAUUGAAUACAAUGCACCCAGUUGGUACAGAUCUGGAGACAGUGAAACAACAAAUUGCCGAGCUUAAGCACUUCAAGACUGAAGCAUAUCAGCAGCAGAUAGAAAUGGAGCGGCUGAACCAUCAGGGAGAAUUGUUGCUGAAGAAAGUAAAUGAAGAAAGUGACAGUCGGGUGGUACAGGAGCCUCUACACGAGCUGAAGCAUUUCUGGGAAAAUCUGGAUGGGAAAAUUGUCAACAGACAGCACAAAUUGGAAGAUGCGCUGUUAGCUUUGGGACAGUUCCAACAUGCUCUAGAUGAACUGAUGACAUGGCUGACCCACACCGAGGAGCUACUAAAUGAGCAGAAAACUGUUGGUGGAGAUCCUAAAGCAAUUGAAAUUGCAAUUGCCAAACAUCAUAUCCUGCAGAAUGAUGUUCUGGCUCACAAAUCCACGGUGGAGACGGUGAACAAAGCUGGAAAUGCUCUGCUGGGAUCGAGCGACGUGGAGGAAGCCAGCAGCCUGCAGAGCAAACUGGAGAGUCUCACCCAGCGCUGGAAGAAUGUGCUGGAACAAACUGCCCAGCGGCAGCUGCAACUGCAUCAUUCACUCAUCCGGGCUCAGGGUUUCCAGAAUGAGAUUGACAAUCUGCAGCGGUGGCUGGUGGAGACGGAACGGCAGCUGUUGGCAUCAAAACCUAUCGGGGGCCUGCCGGAAACAGCCAGAGAACAGCUCAACAACCAUCUGGAGCUUUGUGCAGCAUUUAGAGCCAAAGAGGAGAUCUACAAGAACUUGAUAAAUAAGGGACAGCAGAACCGUGACCAAGCUGGUGACAGCAACGUGGAGACAGGCAUCAACAACCUGAAAGAAAGAUGGGAAUCCGUCGAAAUAAAACUAACAGAACGAAAGGUUAAAUUGGAGGAGGCCCUCAACUUGGCCACUAAGUUCCACAACUCCCUUCAAGACUUCAUCAACUGGUUGACUCAGGCAGAACAAACCUUGAUGUUAGUUGCAUCGCCGAGCCUCAUUCUGGACACCGUUUUAUUUCAGAUUGACGAACACAAGGUUUUUGCCAAUGAAGUCAACUCGCACCGUGAGAAAAUAAUUGAACUGGACAAGACCGGAACACAUCUGAAGUACUUCAGUCAGAAGCAGGAUGUUGUGCUCAUUAAAAACUUGUUGAUCAGUGUUCAAGCUCGAUGGGAAAAAAUUGUGCAGCGGUCAGUUGAUCGAGGAAGAGGGCUAGAUGAUGCCAGGAAGCGUGCGAAACAGUUCCAAGAAGCCUGGAAGAAGUUGAUGGAGUGGUUGGAAGAGUCAGAAAAAAACCUGGAUUCCGACCUUGAAAUUGCAAAUGAUCCAGACAAAGUGAAAAUGCAACUUGCAAACCACAAGGAGUUCCAAAAAGCACUCGGAGCAAAACAUUCUGUAUGUGACACAGCAGUAAGGACGGGCCGCUCCUUGAAGGAGAAGACAACUUUAGUAGAUGAUCACCAGAAGCUCGAUGACAUGUUGAGUGAACUGAGGGACAAGUGGGACACAGUGUGCGGGAAGUCAGUGGAAAGACAGAACAAGUUGGAGGAAGCACUGCUGUUUUCAGGCCAGUUUACGGAAGCCUUGCAAGCCCUGAUUGAUUGGCUGUACAAGAUCGAGCCGAUGCUGGCUGAAGACCAGCCAGUGCAUGGAGACGUUGACCUGACCAUGAACCUAAUUGAUGCUCACAAGGUCUUCCAGAAGGAGCUGGGCAAACGGACAAGCGGUGUCCAGGCCCUGAAACGCUCGGCCCGUGAGCUGGUUGAUGCCAGCCGCGAUGAUUCAUCCUGGGUCAGGGUGCAGAUGCAGGAGCUCAGUACUCGCUGGGAGACUGUGUGUGCUCUCUCUGUCUCCAAACAAGUUAGACUGGAACAAGCCCUCAAACAGGCUGAGGAAUUCCACUCUGCUGUGCACGUGCUGCUCGAGUGGCUGGCUGAGGCUGAACAGACACUUCGUUUCCAUGGCGUUCUUCCAGAUGACAACGAUGCUCUCCAGGCGCUCAUCAAUCAACACAAGGAGUUUGUGAAGAAGCUGGAAGAGAAGAUGUCCGAGCUGAAUUCAGCUGUGGCUAUGGGGGAGUCCAUCUUGUCCAUUUGCCACCCAGACUCCAUCACAACCAUCAAGCAUUGGAUCACAAUCAUCCAAGCCCGAUUCGAAGAGGUAACCGCAUGGUGCAAGCAGCAUCAACUGCGACUGGAAGCAGCUCUCGCUGAGGUUAUCACCAAUCAGGAGUUGAUGGAGAGCCUUUUGGGUUGGUUACAGUGGGCGGAGACGAUACUCACUCAGAGAGACCAAGAGUUGCUCCCACAGGAGAUUGAAGAAGUCAAGACACUUAUAGCUGAGCACCAGACGUUUAUGGAGGAGAUGACCAGGAAACAGCCCGACGUGGAUAAGGUCACAAAGACAUACAAGAGGAAAGCUGCAGAGCCAGCGCAGAUCUCAUCCCACAUUCCUAGCACAGAGAAGGGAAGGUCAAGGAAAAGACUGCCAGCGCGGGCUCUCUAUUCAUCAGCAACGCAGACUAUUGAAACUAAAAAUCCACGUGCUAACCUGCUUGUUAGCAAGUGGCAGCAGGUGUGGCUGUUGGCCCUGGACAGGCGGCGGAAGCUCAACGAUGCGCUGGACAGGCUGGAGGAGCUGAGAGAAUUUGCCAAUUUUGAUUUUGACGUUUGGCGGAAGAAGUACAUGCGAUGGAUGAACCACAAGAAGUCCAGAGUAAUGGACUUUUUCAGACGCAUCGAUAAAGAUCAAGAUGGGAAAAUCACAAGACAAGAAUUUAUCGAUGGAAUUCUGUCUUCAAAGUUUCCGACCAGCCGGUUGGAAAUGAGUGCGGUGGCAGAUAUAUUUGACAGAGACGGAGAUGGCUACAUCGACUAUUAUGAAUUUGUGGCAGCGCUUCACCCAAACAAGGAUGCCUACAAACCACUUACCGAUGCAGACAAAAUAGAGGAUGAGGUGACACGGCAAGUCGCAAAAUGUAAAUGUGCGAAGCGGUUUCAGGUGGAGCAGAUUGGGGAGAACAAAUACAGGUUCUUCCUGGGAAAUCAGUUUGGGGACUCCCAGCAGUUGCGGUUAGUCCGUAUCCUACGCAGUACAGUGAUGGUUCGCGUUGGCGGAGGGUGGAUGGCCUUGGAUGAGUUUUUGGUGAAAAAUGACCCCUGCAGAGCCAAGGGCAGAACAAAUGUUGAGUUGCGUGAGAAGUUCAUUCUUCCCGAAGGCAUGAAUCAAUCCAUGGCUGCCUUCCGGUCACGAGGGCGAAGGUCGCGGCCGUCAUCAAGGGCAGCUUCACCCAACAGAUCAGCAUCCAGUGCCAGUCAAAGUGUUUCAGUACCACCAGCUGUUACAAGUACUCCUCCUAAGACACCCCAACAUUUAAUCCGCAAUUAUGAUAAACCAUGGUUGACAAACAGCAAAACAUCAAGUGCUUAUAAAUCACCAGAGUCCCCAGAAGGUCGAGUCCCAUCUCCAGAGGUAACACCGAUCCAGGGAAGCAAGUUGCGGCCACCCGGAUAUCUCUCUGGGAAGAGUUUCCAUUCUGGAGAUGACAGCAAUGUAACAUCAACUCCUCCUUCUAGGGGGAGGUCUCGAGUACCAGCCUUAGAGUCAAGAAAAGUCCCAAGUCGUCCCACAAGCCGCGCGGGAAGCAAGACUGGCAGCAGAGCAAGCAGUCGCCGGGGGAGUGAUGCUUCCGAUUUUGACAUUUCAGAUAUCCAGUCUGUGUGCUCGGAUGUUUCGGAGGCAGCGCUUGAAACUAGCAGAUCAGGGUCACGAGCAGGAUCUCGGCCAUCUUCAGCGAAAGCAUCGAAAAUCCCGACACCAUCAAGGAGGUCUCCAGCAACUAGCAAACUGAGUGCAACCUCCAAAAGAUAGUGUGAUCUCAGCGACGACCUCCGAAGUAAUACCAUGAUGCAGACCGUGGGAUGUAAAAUAAUCUGUAGAAUCUGUUGUGAAAUAUUGCAAGAAGUGGACUUUUGAUGCUGCAGAAUGGCCUUAUUUGUGCGUUUGUCUUGUAAGGUAUAUUAUUUUAUGUGAAUACAUUUUCUGUUACUUUUUUUUCCUUGAUGCCAUAUCCUCUGGAGGGAAAAUUAAAAGAGCUUUUAAGAAAUAUGUAAGUUAAACUAAUAUUUUUACAUGUAAUGUAGAAUUGGGUAACUAUUGCUGAAAGCGGUUUCUGAAUGUACGACUGUAAAAACAAAACCCCAGGAACACGUCUUGUCAGUUAGCAGGCAGGUUUGCCAACAACUCUGAUUACCUCAUGCACAAUUCUAAUGAGGCAAUGCUGAAUAUUAUGAAAUAACUUUAUUUGCUCGGCGCUGAUAUUUUCUGAAUUAAAUACAAAGCAAAUGUCUGUGUCCCAGGUAAAAAGGGAUGUAAAAUGCCUAUCAGCAUUACCUUCAUGUAGCAAAUCGAAUUUACUCUCAACUGUUCAGUUAACACAUUCAUGUCGGCUGUGAAGAAGACACUUUAAACCCCCCCACCCCCCCCCCCCCCCCCCCCCCCUGCAGCAUUUUUGUGCCAUUUUAUUUUGCUGAAAUCAAACUGCCAUUAUUAAAACUCUCCUGCCCUCCCACAAGAAGUAAUUUGUACUACUAAUAAUUAAUAUAUUAAGUAUGAAGUGUUAAUGUCAAUGUGAAAUUUUCUUUUGCUUGAGUGGAAGAUAAUUGUACCAUUGAUCCCAUUUUGUAUUAAAGCAAAGUUGCUUGCAAUGAGUCUAAAA